UAUACACAUUCGCCCCUUGCCCAGCCGCGGUGGGCCCCCCUGUUUUGACAACACGCGCCCGCCAGUCAAAUGCCGCACCGGAAUUUCGAGUCGGGUGUUUGGGUUCGCCGGUGACUCGGCCCGUAACAACAGACACAAAUCUCCGCGUUCGUUUCUCUACUCACGCGACAACAAGCCCUCUUGCACAUCCGUGCUGUUCACCGAAUCAAAAUAUCACCAUAUUUCUCUUGUUAUGCUCUGUCUGAAAUCUCAUCCGUGUGUUUGACCGUGGGUGCGGCAUUAUCCAUUACGUACCUCGAUCUCUACUUUUUUGCUUUGCCCUCCCUAAAAGCAAAUAAAGCUCCUUCGGCGAAGUAAGAAGCAAUUCGCUCGAGUGACGCUAAAGCAAUUAUUUACUUGAAACAGCCCUCCGCAAAGCUUCCAAAAAUCGAAGACAUGUCUCACAGUCAGAAGAAUAAAAUGUAGCUAUCGCCCUAGAAAGUAUUUGGCCCUAUCAAGUUUCUACUAACACCGCUGCAGAUCGCGGACUAAAUACGCAGAGAGAGAAUAUUUUCUACGUGUUUGUGUGCGUGUGUCUGCGAAAGAAUUUUCAAAAUCACUUACCGUUCGAAAACUAGAUUCUAGGGCGAAUUUAGAAACACUGAUAUACUUGCGUGUUCGAAGCGCCAGUAUAUCGAUGCAAAGUCGAGCCAUAUUGGCCAAAAGAAAGUUGGUUCUGUCGGAGUGGAGUGACGGUAAAAGUAGUCGGCGACGUACUUUCUUCUCUCCGGUGAGGCUUUUGUUUUAAAUUCCCGAUAAGCUAAACAGAAGCGAUAGACACACUAUUGUGAGCGAGUGUUUUGGUGUUCUGAAGACGGCACUACUGAGAACCAGCCGAAACGUUAAAAGUUCACCUGCUGCUUCUUACGGCGAAUCUUCGCGGAUCAUCUGGAUUUACGGCGUGCGCGGUCUCACGUCAGAAAUGCUCGACGCCCACAUGGGGAGCGGCUAGACACCGCCCCUGCACCAACACCGUCGAUCGUCCGGCGCCAUCUUGCAACUCCACACCUCCGACCGCAGAAACGUCCGCUCCCCGCGGGGUUGGUACGACUGCAGACGGCGAACCGGCCGCCAUGGUGUCCCACAUCGCAACCGGCGCGGAGCUGGACGCCGCGCUGAAGAUAAAGCAGGAGCCGGGCUUCCAGCACGUGUCCGCCGUCCAGCCGCCCUCGCACGUGCACGGCAACGCAUCUUCAGGGCAGUUCAACCGGCAGUCGGACGGCAGCGGCGCGGGACCACAGCACCAGCUCUACCUGGUCAAGACGGAGCUGCUGGCCGCCGACUCCGAUGUUGGCAACACUGGACCGCCGCUCACCCCCGGCGCGGAGGACGUGACGAGCAGCACGGGCCUGGGCCAGCAGCAGCCCAUGGAGCCGCACCACCACACGCUGGUCGCCAUGGCGCUCGAGCACCACCACGCCACCUACCUCCAGCCUGGGUCGCCAUCUUUCUUCCCCUUCCUGUCCUCACCGCCACAGCUCCAGAGGAACUUCCAGACGUCCUCACACCUGAGCGAGGCGAGCCCUGGAGGCGGCAGCAGCGGCGGCGGCACUGGAGGCGGCGUGAGCAGCUCCGGCGGGGGCGGCAGCCCUCCCCCACACGGCGACAGCACCACCACCCCUACCUCGGCCAGCCUGUCAGUCUCCGAGGUUGGCAGCACUGGCCAGGCUGCCCCCGACUCGUCCCACCCUGGCGGCGGCCGCUGCGAGGACGACACCCCGGCGUCGGACACGACGACGUCGCCGGGCGACGCAGCCACUCCGACCUCCGUAUCCAAUGGCACCGCCAACAGCGCCAGUGGCGGCACUGAUAACAAAAGUGGGGGAACCACCACGGGCAGUGCUGCCAACGGAGUGGGCGAGGAGCAGCGCUCCGGCGAUGCUGGCUCGGCCAGCACUGCCAACACGAAGCCGCCGUUCUCCUACGUGGCACUCAUCGCUAUGGCCAUAGCGCAAUCGCCGCACAGGAGGGCAACUCUGUCUGAGAUCUACGCCUACAUCACGAGCCGCUUCCCCUACUUCGAGCGCAACAAGAAGGGCUGGCAGAACUCCAUCCGGCACAACCUGUCGCUCAACGAGUGCUUCGUCAAGGUGCCGCGAGAGGGCGGCGACCGCAAGGGCAACUACUGGACGCUCGACCCGCAGUACGAGGACAUGUUCGAGAACGGCAACUUCCGCCGCCGGCGCCGGAUGAAGCGGCCGUUCCGCGGCGGCCUGGGGGCGGUGGCCGCCCCCGCGGUGCCGUACGGCGCGGCCGCCGCCUACCACCCGCACCACGCGCACCACCACCACCACCACCACCUGGUGGCGGCGCACCACGCGCACCCGCACCACCAGCACCCCGGCCACGGCCACGGCCAGCACCCGCUGCACGGCCACCACGGCCACCAGCCGCACCACCAGCAGCACCACCCCGGCCACGCCCACGCGGGGCUGGCCGUCCACCCCCAGCUGCUGGGCGCCGCCGCGCGCUCGCUCUUCGGGCCGUCGGCGCUCCAGGCCGCCGCCGCCGCCGGGGGCGGGGGCGUCGGGGGCGGAGGCGUCGCCGUCGGGGGCGGCGCCGUCCCGCCCCCCGCCUACCCGCACUACGCCAGGUACGAGCACAGCUGGUCGCUGACGCAGUCGACGGGGGCGGCAGGCGCGGUGCCGUCGAUGUCGGUGUCGGUGACGCCGGGCUACGGCUCGCCGCCGCAGCUGUGCCACCAGCCCGGCAGCUCCGCCCCCACCGCCCCCACUGUGGUGGCGGCUCGGGCCAGCGUCGCGCCCGGGGGCGGCGUGUCGCACGGCGCCUUCUCCCCGCUGCAGGCGCAGCUCCAGCACCACCAGGUCCAGAACAUGCAGCUGCAGGCGGCAGUGAACGGCUACUCCCAGCUGGGGUCGACGCUCGUGGGGAGUCCGGGAGGCAGCUUCACUCCCAGCCCUGGAGGCGGUGGAGGCGGCUCUGGAGGUGGUGGGGGAGGAGACGGGUCACCUGGGGGUGGCAACCGGCUGGGGGCGGCUGUGACAACGGCGCAGGACGCACGGUACUCCUACUGGGCGGCCACAGCCGAUGGGGUUACCAUGAAAGAGGAGCCAGCUGCCACGAUAUCCUUCGACUUCACAUCAGCGAGGCCCAAAUGCUACAUGUGAGCGUGGGACCCGUCUACGGCCGCGUCUGUGUCGCCCGGGGCAAGUAGCGCCAGCUGCCCACCCUGAUGGCGCACUGAGGAAGGCGAGACAAGAUGGCGCGCACUGGCGAAGCAGCCAGCUUCCGACGACUGCCGCUAGGGCUGCGCACGUGUCGCUCUGUUGAGUCUGCAGCGCAGUCACGAAAAAUUACUCUGCCACAGAGGAAAAGUGUGAGAGGGAGAGAAGAGGACACGCUGACAUGGACGGCACAUCCUCCAGUUCUGUGUGGCGGUGACAAUCGUUCUCUCCAAUUGUUGCUUUCCGUAUUUUUUCAUGUAAUUUUCUACUUCCCAAACAGUUCCAUGUUUGCAAUCACAGCUACCUGAAGUAGAAAAUAUCAAAUUCAGUCAGGUGCUGAGGUGACCAAACGAAAAUGCUAGCCUUUCUUUGUCUGCAGUUCUCUUACAAGAGCCUUUGUAUGUCAUUGCGAAGAAAUGUUUCAGGCUAAUAGGCUGGCUACAAAAGAUACGUAGCAAAGAACACACAUAUCACUUUUGCUGUUAUAGCCGUCUGUAGCAAAUGAAAUGGUAAUUCGCGCACUUGCAUUUUCUUUCUGCACUCAUUAAAUGUGCCAUUUCAUACAUAUGUAGGACACUAUAUAGUAAAAAUAAACUACACAUAUAUGGCCAGUUAGGGACUAGAGCAUUCUUGUCACUAUGCACUAAAUCACAGGUGACACAAGAUGAACUUGGUAAAGGACAUUAUCACUAAGAAAUUUCAACAGCAGUGCGACCUUUGUGUCUACCUGUUUAUUCUACAAGAGUUUUGACACCGGCAUUUCAUCAUCAGGGAUGCAUGAUUUCCCUAGUGACACGAGAAUCUGAUGAAUUAUUAAAUUUUCCAAGAGUCUGAAGUAAAUAAUUAAAAAGAAUUCUAUAAACACUGUUUCAGUCUCAGUGAGUGCAUUAUCUACAACAGGACCACAGACACCUAGGCUAUUGAAUUUUCCGAGAAAUUUCUCAUAAUCCUAACCUCACCAAUGUUUUAUCCUUGGAGGAAAACACACAACAGACAACUAAGUUGUUAAUUGUUAAAUUUUCCAAGAAAUACGUGUUAGUAGAUUCCUCCAUGUAGAAAUAGUCGAAAGAGCUUUAAGAUCAGUGUUUGGUUCUUAUGGAUAUGUUAUUUGCAUAAAAGCCAAAAUAUGUAAGGUAUCAACAAUCAAUUUUUCCAAAGAUGUGUCUCAUAAUAUAUACAAACUUUACAAAAAGACAAAUGCAAUGAGUUUCAAGACCAGUGUUUCAUCCUGGGAGGGAGACAUUAUUUCCAUAGAAAAGCAAACAACUGAGCUCUCAAUCAUUAGAUUUUCCAAGAUAUGUUUGAUAACAGACUCUAAGAGUUUGGAGACGACUGUCUCAUACACGAUGGAUGUGUUACUUGCAUAUGAGCACAAAUAAAUAUGCUGUUAACAGCUAGACUUUUCAAAAAAUGUCUGAUAAGACUUAAACAUAACAAGAAUUAAUGGAAAACACUUACAUACAA